CUUGCAGCUGCAAACACGCAAGAAGAGGCAAUAUGACGCGACGAGAAGUUUUUAGUUUCAUUUUCUGUUCAACCCGGAAAAUGGCUGAAUGCUAAACCACUGGCUGAAGACUUUAACAACAUUUUGAAAUCAUAUUACCGUGUUCAGCACAGCACAUUCAAGUAGCCUUCACACAAGCGCUGAACUGGAAGCCAAGAAUCAUUGAAGAAAAUGUUGGAAGAAUCCGGUGGACCAAGCUGGCUGUCGCAGGAGGUCAAAACUGGGACUACGAUCAUAGGUGUUGAAUAUGAUGGAGGCAUCGUGUUGGGCUCUGACUCGCGCGUUUCUGCAGGGGCGUCAGUCGUGAACCGAGUGAUGAAUAAGCUCUCCCUCCUCCAUGAUAAGAUCUACUGUGCUCUGUCCGGAUCUGCUGCUGACGCACAGACCAUUGCUGAGAUUGUCAACUACCAACUGGAUGUGCACAGCAUUGAACUGGGGGAAGACCCCCUUGUUCGUUCUGCAGCUACCCUUGUGAAGAACAUCUCAUACAAGUACAAAGAGGAACUGUCAGCACAUCUAAUCGUUGCCGGUUGGGACAGGAGAAAAGGCGGACAGGUGUAUGCGACCCUGAAUGGCCUCCUGUCCAGGCAGCCCUUUGCUGUGGGUGGCUCUGGUAGCUCGUACAUCUAUGGGUUUGUGGACGCCGAGUAUCGGAAGGGUAUGAGCCGCAGAGAGAGUCAGACGUUUGUUGUGAAUGCUCUGACACUGGCGAUGAGUCGAGAUGGUUCCAGUGGUGGUGUGGCUUAUCUUGUCACCAUUGAUGAAGCAGGCUCGGAGGAGAAAUGCAUUCUUGGCAAUGACCUGCCAAAGUUCUUUGAUCAGUAAUUGUAGGAUUUGAAAUAUGCACAUUUUGCAUAUGUCAUAUAGGUAAAUGUAUUAAAGGUCUUAUUAAAGCAAUAA